AUGGAGGAACCAAGUGAUAAGCAGAAUACCGAAGAAAAAAUCGUGUUUAAAAAGCCUGUACUCUUCGGUCGUAUUGGAAAACUGCCGAAAAAGGUCAAGAAUGAUCCUGAAGAGGCGACAGACAAUGAAAAUCAACAACAGGAGCAAAACAGUUCGAAAACAUCGCGAUCAAAUGAAAGAGGGAAAGAUUCGCCUAUGAUAGUAGCAAACGAUGUGUUAUCAAUGCCAAUACCUUAUAAGGAACCAAAAUGGUCUGGAAUUUGCCCUGACGGUACAGACUAUUCCCUGGAGGUGUUAAAGUCCGGGAUGAUCGUUGACAAGACGGAUUUGACAAAGAGAGCAUUCUAUGUGUUCGGACGGUUAAAUAAUUGUGAUGUGAUGAUGGCACACCCUACUAUAUCCAGAUACCACUGCGUCCUCCAAUACAAAGCGUUCGCCGAAGAAGGCGAGCCUCCCUGUGGCUGGUACCUGUAUGACCUGGGCAGUACACACGGCACCUUCCUCAAUAAAGACAGGGUGAAGGUCAGCCACUACACCAGAGUCAGGGUCGGACAUCAGAUCAAGUUUGGGAAUAGCACUCGGACUUAUAUUUUGUUGGGUCCAGACUUCGACACAGAAGGCGAAUCAGAAUUGAGUGUAACGGAAAUAAAGCAGCGAGCCAAUACUAUGAAGGAAGAACGAGACAGAAUGAUACAGGAUGCUAUAGAACAGAGAGAGCGGGAGCGAAAGGAGGAGGAGCGACGGAGAGAUGAGAUGGGCAUCGAUUGGGGGAUGGGGGAAGAUGCUGAAGAGGAGCCGGACCUAGCAGACAAUCCUUAUGCGGUCACAGCCAACGAGGAACUAUACCUGGAGGAUCCUAAGAAGACCCUCAGAGGAUACUUCGAGAGAGAGGGACAUGAACUCAACUAUAAUUGUGAUGAGAAGGGCGUUGGGCAGUUCGUUUGUAGGGUGGAACUCCCAAUAGAUGAUGCUCGUGGUAAUCCAGUGAUAGCUGAAGUGAUCCACAAAGGCAAGAAGAAGGAGGCUGUGAUAGCUUGCGCGUUGGAGGCGUGUAGGAUACUGGACAGAGCCGGGCUGCUGAGGCAGUCUAAACAUGAAUCUCGCAAACGCAAGGAGCGCGAUUGGUCGGCGGAUGACUACUACGACUCGGAUGACGACACCUUCCUGGACCGCACCGGCAGCGUCGAGAGGAAACGGAAGCUUCGCAUGCAGAAACAUGGAGCCGCACCCGUGGAGGACGAGAAACCUAGGACUUAUGAUGAUUUGUUAAAAGAAAUAUCAGAAAUUGAAAAGAAGAUAGCAAUAGAAGAGAAGAACCUGUCAACAUUGCGGAGUAGUUCCGCAGGGGGUCAGCAGAGCAGCGAGGAUGUGGACGAGUUAGAUCAAUACAUGAACAGUUUGAGCAAGCAGGGACAGAGUAUGGCUACUAAAGCUGAGAUAUCUAGGACUAAGAUGACCAUUCAGAAGUUGAAGGCGGAUCUGUCAAAGACACAGCGUCUGGCUGAGCUAGCUCGGCCGGCGCACCUACCUCCACUCGUCAAGAAAGACACCAAGAUACAUAUUAAACAAGCCAGCAACUCCGCUGUAUAUGGAAAAAGAUUAAUACUGAAAGAUGACACAGAGAAGAAAGUCAAAGUCAGAAGAGAUGUCAAACAAGAAGAAUCCGAAUUUGUUGAAGAAAUGGACGACGAUGAUGAUGAUGAUAAUGAACGUUCUUCAAAUAAUCACCAAACAGAAGACAAGAAAUUAAAUACAGAAGGAGAAAGCAAGAAUGACAGAGAAGUAAAUAGAAAUGAACAAGAGAAAGGAGAUUCUAACGUAGAAGAGGGAGUUAGAGAAGACAAGAGUAUAAAAACAAAAAUGUAUGGUCCAAUGCGUCCCCCUGAAAAUUACGUGAUACCUGAAGAUUAUUACGACCAGACUAGUGACAGAGAUCUUCCUGAAAUUGUGGAGAAAGGGACUUAG